UGUAGGUGGCCAAUCAGAUCUCGAGGACAACCGCUUAUAGUAAACUGUGUAGUAGGUACAACCGUCGUGUAGUUUUUGCAAUUUAGUUCUUUUCUCUCAUGAAUUUGAAGCAAAUAUAACUCAGGAGAAGGGAUGAAGGUGGUGAAAGAAUUUGGCAAGUGCAAGUUGGUGCUACAGAGACAUAUGAGGUCCAUGUCCCUGAACAUGGCUAGUCAGAAACCUCGCACCAGGAGUGACUGUACCAUCUGGUCCCUUCCUGAGGAGAUAUUACUACUACUUCUACAAGGCCUCCAUAUUAAAGACUUACUCAACAUGGCAGCAGUUCAUUCUUAUUUCCGUGAUCUCAUCUACUCUCAUACCUCACUCUGGGCUGGUAUCAACUUUGAUGAAACUUGGCCCUCCAUUCCAAACUUGAAACAUUUUGAAAGGUCAGCAAGUAGUGGCAAUAUAGAGGCUUUAAUCAAACUUGGAGUUGCUUACCUCUACAAUGAAGGGUUUCCUGGUGAUUUUGAAGGGAAGCGCAUUACGAGCAAUGGAGAACAAGCUGCUGCAAUGUUUUGCCAAGUUGAAUCUCUGACACCAGAAAUCUCUCCAUUCACUUGGCUUUUCAUCCGUCCCCCCUGGUCAACUGCUGGGGCUUGCUGCAAAGAAUAUGUCUUCAAGAACAUGAAGAGCAUUUGUGAAAAGGAUCCAAGCUGUAAGGUCCAGUUGUGCCUAGCACACACACUGCAGUUGUUCGAUGAUGAAGAACAUGCCCAGGAAGCCAAAGUUUAUCUAGAAAAGGCUGCCAGUCAGCACUCUCCUGUGGCCGCCUAUCAGCUGUGGCAGUGCAAUCAGAAGACAAAGGCAUUUGAUGUUGCCAGUCAGUUAAAAAGUAUUCGCAUGCUCCGUGACAUUGCCAGCAAAGGUCAGUUGGAGGCCCAGCUGUCUUUGUGCCACCUUUACGCAGAUGGGAAGUAUGGAGGUAUCUCUGAAGCCCAAGCAGCAGGUUUCAUGAAGGAGUUUGUGCAAUCUACUAAACCCAGCGACAUCCAUGAUAUUUUCAGGUGGAACUAUGAUAUAACAAACUCUAUGAGAUAUAUCCUGGUAGAUUGGCUAGUGGAGGUAGCUUCUAUGAAGGACUUCAGUAGCCUGACCCUCCAUGUGGCAAUCAGUGUGGUGGACAGGUUCAUCAGCAGGCACAUGAUGACAAAGUCCAAGUUACAGUUACUGGGGGUGGCUGCUAUGGUGGUGUGUUCAAGAUAUCUGGGUAAAGAUAUUAUCACAAUACGAGAGGCAGCUUGGCUGACUGACAAUACUUACAAAUAUGAGGAUGUUGUUAGGAUGAUGGGAGAAAUUCUAGCCACACUGAAGGGUGAUCUCAGGGUGGUCACUAUCUUCGACCUGGUGGGCAUGUUAGGCAGAAUUGUUGAUCUUGACCAGCGUGUCCAAUGUCUGGCCGAGUACAUCUGUGAACUGACCCUCCUCCACACUGAUCUGUCCUCCUAUACCAAGGCCGAGGUGGCUGCCAGCUGUGUACUACUGGCCAGGGUGGCUAACAAACUAGAUUAUCCAGUCUUUGUAACAGUCAUUUAUCUUGUCUUCUCUCAAGACACACCAUGGCCCAGCAAGAUGACAGAGUUCACUGGUUUCUCUGUGGAAGAUCUCACCAAGUGCACCAUUCACAUCCAUGAAAAAUGCUUCAUGGAAGGCUCUUUGGUAGACCACAGGGAAGUCAAACUUCAGGCUGUAAAGCAGAGAUACACUGAGGAGAAAUUCUAUAAAAUCAGUGAGUUUGAGAUGAUGGGGUGUGAUGAGCUCUGUGCUGUGCUGGGAGUGGACGAACACUUGUUUAUUGGGAGGGAACUCCGGAUACGCUUUAAGACAACCAAAGAUCUCAUCAUGUCACCUUCUAGGAACAAACACAGAGUGCAGGGCCGCCCGUGCAAAGCUCCGAUCAAUGCUGACAGAGAAAAGGCAGCAACCCCAACAUUUGAGGAGGCGUCAGGCCUGCUAGACUAUUUCAAUGAGUCUGGGAUGUCUGGGUACUUUGGAGAUAAAGAAGAUGAAGGGGACUCUUACAUGGAUGUGGAAGAUCCAGACGACCCCGACCUGAUGAGUUUAUUCUGCCCAGACACAUUCAGUACCAGUGACAAUCAGGCUAUGUCCAGCUUUGUCCACUUCUCUGACCUUAGUGCCAUACGCAGUUCUUCGCCCUCCUCAACAUCAUCAGAACCUCAGUCAGGGACAGCCAGCCGAGCCUUUCAGCCAAUCUUGGUGGGUGGGGAGGUCACAGACAGGGUCACAGUUCGCCGCAGGGGGUCUCCAUCCUACGCAUUCAGCAUCGAGGACGUGGCCAGCAGUUCUAAUUUUUCCCUGGCGGAUGUUUCUAUUGAGUCUGGGGUCUCUUCACAUUCUGUGAAUCACUCCAGCUGCAGAGAGGCUGGUAAACACAUGGCAGUGGCCUCCCCCUCAGCAGCAUUAAAACUGUCAGACUCUGUCUUUGAUUCAGGGGUUUCCUUCACUAGUCAGUCAGGGUUUACAGUCCACCAGGAUGACAGCACAGCUGGAGACGUACAAGGUGCUUCAGGCUUCCACCAUUAUGAUACUCGUUCACAAAGGCAGCGUAGGUUAUCCUCACAUGCUCAAACUGACCAUGUCCAGCACAUUCCUGACCGGUCAGCACUCAGGACUCUAAGCAAUCAGAUGGACGUUACUGUCACUCAGAAUGAAAACAGGAAAGGAAGUGAGAAGAGAAAAAGUCCCCAGAAUAUGGGGAAUGAGAAUAAGACUUAUGUUAUGUCAUUUUAACUGCAAUUUUCAGGGUAAUGUCAAUUGAGAAAUGAAGUGUCUGUGUUAAAAUGUGUGAAAUGUCACAAUAAGAUUGAACAUCGAAUAAAUUGUAUGUUUCCCUGUUUGACAGAAUGUAUGAUUGUGAUCUAUUGGCUGAAUAUUCCACAUCAAGGUGAUGUGUAACUGUAAUAAUGGUAUUUUUAAAACAAAGAAUGCAAAUCCAUUUCAAACGUUGUUAGUUUUGUACUUGUCAGAGAUGAGAGAUUAGUUUAUAUAAAACAUUGCAAUAUGCCUGUGUUGUUUACAGUCGCCCUCGGCAAUUCUAUACAAUUUACUCUUAUUUGUCAGGAAUUGGGGCAAUACACAAUUAAUAUUCCAUAUUCAUAUUGUAAAACAAUAUUUUCUUUAUUGCCUAGUAUUUUUUUCUAUAAUAUUUUUUUUUUUGAGUAUUUCAUUCAUCUUCAGUUUAUUAUCUGAGCAGAGCUGCUGAGAGCAACAUUUUGUACUUGUAUAUGCACCUGUAUGUGUAUCUGUAUAUACUUAUAUAUUUUUACAACUGCGUACAUAUUGUACAGUGGUUGUUAUAUCAAGUUAUAUCCAGUAGUUUGUAUAUGAUUUAUAUGUUUAUUAUUCAACUGAGCCAAUGUCUAAAAUGCUGUAACACAGUAUUGCCAUGUGUUCAGACCUUUCUGUUCAUAAUUGCAGUCUUUUCAUCAACUCAGGUGCUAAUAACACAGGUUUCCACUGUCUUCAUAAUAAUAUUAAUGCUACAUAGAUUUGCUUGAGGUCGUUAGAGUAGUUGCUUGAGAUAGGGGUUUGAAUAUAGUGUGUGGGGAAUUGUUUCUUAUUAUUGGUUAUUUCAUGCAAGUUUAAAAGGUAGAAUGCUUUGUAUCUAGUGAUUUAACCUAGGGGAAAUAUUUAAAUCCCAUAGGAGAGUUAAAGCAUUUUGUUAGUGUACAAAGGUCCUUGCGUUAUUGUUUUUAAGUUCACCUGUCUGUAUAGCUAAGUUAAAAAUAUGCUAAAGUCAGGUGGCAAUUCAUCAAAUGAUAACUGUUGAAAAUUUACUUGUUAAAAUUGUAGAUUAUUUUUUCAUUAAAUAAAACCAGCAAGAAAAUUUA